CAAAAUUAAAAUUGUGGUUUCGUUCUUCCCCUCUCUCUGCCACUCUCGCAGUCUGCCUCUCCCACAACGACAGCGUUCAAGUUACAGGAACUGUGCUACGUCCACAACCGGCGGCUCGAAUUACUGGUUCGAUUUUUGAUUCUUAGGAUGUUUUUGAUGGAAAGUUCAAUUUAUGCAUAACUUCUUAGAAUCGAUUUUGUUUUUGUCUUCGAAAUUUCUGCUAUUCGAAAUCGGGUGAAACAUGUGAUUGGCUUAGUCAGUCUGCUUUCUCUGUUUUGAGAGACAAAUUAGUUCGUAGUUUUGAUUGUUACUUUUUUUGGUCCUGCAAUCUUUAGCUGAGCUUUUGAUCAAUUUCAGAUGGCGCUAACCAACUUCAUACUCACGGUAGCAGGAGUCAGUGCUGUGGUCCUGUUAAUGAGGAGUGAUGUCCGGCAAUCAGCUGCAAUCUUUCGACGGAAUGUUCGCCACAUUCGUAAAUGGCUCGAGGAAGAGUCUGCCUCAGCUGUCAAAGAGAUGAACGAGGCUAAGCCAAAAGAGAUACCUGGAAAGAAGGAUAUCCCGAAGGAGGAAAAGCACUAGAGUUUGGUCUUUAAAACUUUGAAUCUUAAAGGUGGAUGUAUAUUUUGUUAAUUUGUUGCAGUCUUCUGGAGUAGUACAUUUAGUUUCUUUACGCAUUUUCGUUAUGCUCUCGUAUCUGAGGUAGUAUUAUUUUUUUAAACUUGCUGGCACGAAAGGAUUUUCCAUUGUAAGGAUUAAAAGUAAAAGUUUUCUUAACACCAUCUUUUAGCCUUUCUUAGAUUCAUUUCAUGUAAUCAUGUAUGGCCACUCCUUGAGCGAGUCCUCCAUUUAUCCAAGUUUCUUAGAAGUAAAUGAUAAAUGCCAGAUGAGAUCAAGUGUUCAGUGUGCGGCCUUGGGUUGUGUUGACAACUGCUCAGCUUUAGCAUACUUGUCAAUUGGGUUGCCUGGUGGGUGUCUGAUAUGUUUUAGAAACUUUAGUGGGAAUUAAUAGUUCCAAUAAGUGUAAAUUCUGCAAUCAGGUAGGUUUCUUUGAUUUGGUCAGAGCACACAUGAAAGAUGGUUGACAAUCGCAGCUUGAUCUUGUUAAACGGACCAAAAGCAGAAUGUACUUAAAAAAAUUGGAUUUUAAGACCACUGGAUUUCUACCUUUGUAUUCAAAGUUCUUAUGACUUUGUUACUGUAUUUACAAGUUGAGGAUACAACAUUACGGAAUACCUGCUUCAAUAUUGAUGAGUUGUAAAGCUGAACUUUUUUGGUAAGAACUGCUAGUUCUUUUCAAAUUUCAAUGAACUGCUAAAAUGAUUCCAGUGGCCUAUGAAAUGGUGUAUCAUCCUCAAACGGAGGACUAACGACAACCCCUUUUCUCAACCGCGUCUCAGCCUUUGGAUUUUCAGCCUAGGAAAGCAGCAAUCCAGAUACUAUGAUUCUUUUCAGGGGAACCAAAUUACCGAU